CAUCCAGAAGGCCCGCGUCGUUAGGGAGUGUGGGAGCGGAGUCUCUGGUUACAGGGUCGGGCAAAGGUUAAAGGGCAGCCUCCAGGUGGGAGAGCGCCGACUUUGCGCAAUGGCCACGUCUGGGGAACCCAGGAGGCAGUGGCAGGAGAAGGUGGCGGCGGCGGCGGUGGUGGUGGUGGGCUCCUGCAUGACCGACCUGGUCAGCCUUACUUCUCGUCUGCCAAAACCUGGUGAAACCAUCCACGGUCAUAAGUUUUUUAUUGGCUUUGGAGGGAAAGGUGCCAACCAGUGUGUCCAAGCUGCUAGGCUUGGAGCAAAGACAUCUAUGGUGUGCAAGGUUGGCGAAGAUUCCUUUGGCAAUGAUUAUAUAGAAAACUUGAAACAGAAUGAUAUUUCUACAGAAUUUACAUAUCAGACUAAAGAUGCUGCGACAGGAACUGCUUCUAUAAUUGUCAGUAAUGAAGGCCAGAAUAUCAUCGUUAUAGUGGCUGGAGCAAAUUUACUGUUGAAUACUGAGGACCUGAGGGAAGCUGCCAGUGCCAUUAGCAGAGCCAAAGUAAUGAUCUGCCAGCUAGAAGUAACUCCAGCAGCUUCUUUGGAAGCCCUGAGAAUAGCCCACAGCAGUGGAGUAAAAACACUGUUCAACCCAGCGCCUGCCAUUGCUGACCUAGACCCCCAGUUCUACACUCUCUCAGAUGUGUUCUGCUGCAAUGAAAGUGAGGCUGAGAUUCUGACCAGCCUUGAGGUCAGCAGCCCCUCGGAUGCUGGCAAGGCUGCACUGGCGCUCAUGGACAGGGGCUGCCAGGUUGUAAUCAUCACCUUAGGUGCUAAAGGAUGUGUGGUGCUGUCACAGACAGAACCUGUCCCAAAGCACAUUCCCACGGAGAAUGUCAAGGCUGUGGAUACCACGAUCAUGAUGCUGAAAUCUUUUUUUGGCUUAACUAAUGGACAUUUCUCCAGGGCGCUGGUGACAGUUUUGUGGGAGCGCUGGCCUUCUACCUGGCUUACUACCCUAAUCUGUCCUUGGAAGAAAUGCUCAAGAGAUCCAAUUUCAUCGCAGCAGUCAGUGUCCAGGCUAUAGGAACACAAGUCAUCUUAUCCAUACAAAAAAGACCUGCCCCUUGAUCUGUUUUGAUUGCUAUUAACUCCAAAAUAAAUAUACCUGGAAAUAAAGUGUACUUGGGGAUGGCCACUCGUAACUAGCAACUUACUAUGCCAUCUUCUCCUUUCUUUGCAAAUACUACAUUCAUUUACUAAGUCAUCCUCAAGCCUUCAUUUAUUUCUUUAUAAUGAUGAUUUCUUUGCUUUUCAUGCAAAAGUCAACUAGACAGAAUUAAGGAUUCCACAACGAAGACUUGUACAAACAAUACCACUAUUCAGGAACCAGCAAGCUCUACUGCCAACACAUCAUGAUGUUAUAAUGUGCACCACAGAGCAGAGGUUGCAUACAACGGUGUCUAGAGUCAGAGCAGAGAAUGUUAAAUAAGGGAAGGAGGCAUAUGAAUUGGGCCACGCAAGCAGUUCCUAAGAGGGGCGGCUGACAUUCAGCUUUGCCUUUAGUGUUGUCAAAGCUUCUGGUUUUGCAAGGGAAGCCAAAGUUUGGAUGUGUAUUGAAAUCUUUCAACAUUUAGGUAUCAGCAACUGAGUUUUUUAAAUUGUAAAUACCACCUGUGGGCUGCUUUCAGCCCAUGUGCUGAAUACACAAGUCAUUUGCUAAGCCAGAUUCUAAGUUUUUUGAAAAAAAAGGUGAUUCAUGCAUGUCACAGACCCUUUACACUGGGCUUAGGUAGGAUCAGGUGAAGGAUUUUUCUUGUAACCCAAGACCACAAUGUAGAGUUUCAAUCUAAAAUCAGCCAAGAUCUCACCCAGUAUUGCUUUGAAUUAGAGCUUUAACAAAAGAUGCCAGAAAAAUAGCUGAUUGACUAUAAUGCCACAAGCCUCUAAGAUUCAACAACUGUCUAAUUUCAUUUCCAGAGAGCUGCACUCACAUCUCCUCAGGAGACAGACUGGGCCACAGGGAGGAACACCUGUUAUUUUGGAACAACAUUGGUUUCUUAAUGCUUGUGGUCAUGGUGAACACUUUAUCGUUCUCCCCUAUAAAUGCAGUAGGAUACAUACCAGCAGAGCUCAAAAUGUGAGCUGAUCCUUACCUUCAACCAGAAAUUUGACAAGUAAAGGAGAAAAUGGGCAAUUUUGAAAAUCUGUAGUAAACAACAGCUUGAGUGGGAAAGUGUACAGAUCUGGGUAGGGCAGGAGUCCUUAUCUGCUAGGAUUUCCAAGCUGAUUAGCUGUGUGGUACCACUGCCCCAGAAGCCCUAACCAUUAGCUUUAUGGAAAUA